AUGCUUACUUUAUACGUGAUCAUCAAUUUUUUCAUCAUUUUUCUUAUCAUACCGAUCAGAGCUAACAAAACAACCAAUCAACGAUGUAAUCAACUAUUGACUUGUGCAGUGAGAAAAAAAUGUCUAAAGAUAUCAUACAUUAUCAAUCGAUUCAAUGAUUCAAUCAUUAACAAAGAAAUGUACAAUGAUUUGGAUAAAAGUAUCGACUAUGGCUGUAUAUUUACAGUUGGUUGUUUAGAUGAAUGCAACAAUUGUCCAAUUUGUAAAUUAAGUAAAGAACAAUUAAUUGAUGUUUUAUCUGGUAGUGAACGAUCAUCUGAGAAUGAAUGUUCUGUUUUGGUGAAUUGUGCAACAAAAUGCAUUCAGCAAACAAAUUUUAAUUUUAUUAAAACUAAUUACUGCUUACGACAUCAAUGUGCUUAUCAUUGUUUUGAUGGUUCAUGUCCAACAUGUAGUGCUUUUGUCACACGAAUUUUUAAUCAAAUUUGCAUAAAGGGUAAUUUACGAAAAAGGAUUAAUUUUAAGGGUCAAUGCUAUGAAAUGUUUCGUGAAAUAGUUUACAAAAAAUUUGAAAAGAAAUUUAAGGAAGCAGAUCGAAGACCAGCUAUUGAUAUAAGAACUAAUUUAUUAUGGUCCAAUUGA